GGAUGGAAAUCUCUGAAAUACAUUUACACAAUGAGGCAGAAACUUUUCUGUCAUUUACCAGAUUCUCACUGCAUUGGAUAUGCUGUUGACCAAUAAAUUGACAACAGUCCAGGAAAGGUUUCUCAGCCACACCAUCCUAAAAGGGGAUAGAGAAAUUGGAACUUCUGACUUUGAGAGGCUGGGCAGAUUGAUUUGUUCUGCAUCCUCCCAGGAUCUGAAACCCUACAAACAGAAUCUUCAAAUGUUUGUUAUUAUCAAGGAACAGCUGCUGAAUUGCAUUGGCGAUGAUAUCUUUGUUCCAAAUGAACUGCUUAGAGAUUUUUUGCUCAGAACAAACGGUAUAACGAACGAAGGAAUCUUGGUAACGAAUGAGUUGUCGAGUAUGAUUAGUCUUCUCCCAAUCCUCGGAUUGUCCUUUAUAAAACAGCUUCACCCUGUGCAGAUCCAAUCCAUACUCCCGGAGCUCAGAACAGUAAACCUCUCUUCUGCCCAGGCAAGGGCAAUAAUUGACAAGAUUCUACAGAAUACAUCUAUUACAGAGGAGUUGCUCGACAGUCUGGGCUCCACUGUGGUUGGCAUCAGGCCGAACACACUGCGAGUCAUUCCACCUGCUCUACUCAUGCACAUCUUGCCCAGCAUGGCAGCGAACAAGGGAAAACUGAGUCCUGUUCAGAAACUGGUGGCUGUAAACAAGCUCUGGGAAUCAGACAAUAUAAAUUUCUUCAAAAAACUGGAUUCUCUUACAAAGGACAUUCCUCUAAUAUCCUUGAGGUCAAAGGUGAAGAUAUUAUUGUCCAAUGCCGAUGACUUAUCACAAAUGAAGUGGUCUGUGCAACAGGCUCAGAUGCUCUUUGGGAAAGUUUUGGAAGCAAAUGGCUACAAUAUUACUGAAGAUAUCUUAAGCUCCCUUGGUUUUGUGGCACAAGGCGUAGACUGUGCAACCCUGAAACAUCUUUCCACGCCCAAUAGAUUCCUGAAGCUGCUGCAAUUCUUCCGAGACCUGCCGAUUGAAUUGCCAGUGUCUCUGAGAAGUUGUCUGUUGGAAGUACUGAACAGCUUUGUCCUCACUGUGGAGACUGUGCAGAGUAUGCAACCUCAACUGCUGCUUGACCUCCAACUAUUGAAAAUUAGAAGAUUUCCCAUUAACAUAACACAGCAGUUGCUGCAAGUAAUUGUGAAAAACCCGAUUCCAUUCUUAAAGCUCCCAAGUUCGAAGCAAAGUCUGAUGGUUGACUGGAUUGUACAAGUACUGAAUUUAUACGGCGGAAGAUUUACCAAAGCAGAGUUUGAUCUACUGGGAUUUGCAAUAGCUUUAAUUGCUGAUGAAAUAUUCAUAGCGAUCCCUAGGACAGAGAUAAAGAGACACCUGGUGAAGAUGAAAAAUUAUUGUUUUGAUGGACAGAAGAAGUUGCUGCUGGGAGACAUGUUAACUAAAGAUACCAUGUUUGGUGACCCCGUUAACUGGACCUCGUUGACCUUGGACAAAGUGGAUCGCCUGCUUUUCUUUCUUUCCAUUGAGGAUAUACAAAAACUUCCACAGGAUGUUUUGAUCUUGGAGAGGAUUGAGAUGUUGUUUCACAGCCAAAAGCAAUGGGAGGAUAGUGAGUUUGGUUCCACCUGCCAGCAAACAAUGGAAAAAUCUGAUCGUGAUGAUCUAUUCAGAAAGCAACGAAUAUUAUUACAAACUGCAGUUGGCCUUCUCAACACCAGACAGCGGCAGACCAGGAACGACCCUGUCUUGACCUGCAGUGUUAUACGCACCACCCUCCCCUCUGCAUGGACCAUUGAUUUGUUGACUGGCAUGGCGGCCGAUGAUUUCACCAACUGUUUGGAGAUGAUUGGUCAAGACCCAAACUUUCAACCAUUCGAACUGUUUCAACUGCUGGAGAGGGUGAAGCAGAUCUACAGGCUUGUAUCAGCGAUACCACCCCGGGUGAUCGAGCAGCUUGGACGAAUAGCAACCCAGUUCUCAGAAAAGGAUUUGGCGAGGCUGGACCUGUCGGAUCUGGGUGCAGUGGCAGCCCUGGGGAAAACUGCAGAGUGGACCAACAGGAAGCUCACUGUAUUGUUUACAACCUUCCUUCAUGUGAACAGACUCAGUGUGGAGGAGCUGGAUUCAGUCAGUCUGGUUGCUCUAGGCCACAUCAUCUGUGGCAUCAAACCGGCUGACAUGGCUGCGAUAAACCCAGUGGAAUUCAGCAUGGCAGUUCUAUGGAUUGGGAGCCUGAGACUGUCGUGUGAAGAGUCCCAGCUUCACGGCCUGGCCAAGCUCGUCACUCGCACAGAGACGUUCGGAGACGUCAGUCAGUGGCGAGCUGAAGAGUUCAUUGAAAUCGGUUCCAUUGCAGCUGGUCUUCCGGAUGUGGUUCUCUCAUCACUGGUCAAGGAACAAGUUGAAGGACUCAGCCCUAUUGCUAUUGCAACUCUGCCGCCAAAGAAACUCUCAGUUGUAUUUAGUCCUGCGCAGAUUCGCAUGUUUAAUUAUCAGCAGGCGGUGGCUGUGACUCCCGCCCAGUUGAAGGAACUCGGUGAUGUGCAGAAGAAAGCUUUGGACAUGGUCCUCACAUCGUGGCACAGAACAGCAAUUGACAUAAGAGGGAGAUCAUCUGGAAGAAAUCUGUGUGCGAGCUUGAAUGGAGUACUGUUGUGUCUGAUUUGUAGUCUUUUACAUACAAGACAAGAAGCUCGUCUGUAACAAUUAAAAUAUACAUUUAUCUUGUGUUGCCCUAUAUUUGUAUGUACCUUUGUCCAGCUUUGCAUUCACGUGUGGAACUGACUGCAGAAUUCCAUGUUUGAGAGAUUUUGUACUCGUGAUCCAGACUUUCUCAUUUUUGUUUGCUGAGCUUAGCUCUUUUUUGUUUUACUGAAAUUGUGUGGUUAAAUAAAGAAUUGAUUUUUGCUUUGGAUUAA